AAUCACGACAAGCUCGCAUGACUAGGGCAGAUGAACGGAGUACGCUGAUCACACUGCGUUUUCGGACCAGCUGUUGGGUUGACAAUCUUUCAAUGAAUAAGGAAGGAUUGACAAUUCAGCCGGCACGUUGUUUAUUCGAGUCGUCAGAAAACCACCCAAUCGGUCUAGCAAUGGAACGACAUUUGAGGAGUUUGCGACUCUGCGAAGAGGCCGAGAAAGCGUGUCAGCAAAGUGUUGAUAGACUACGGGAAUUGUAUCAGUUCGAUGUAGAAUCGCUUAGUCCAAUGAAGGGAGACAUUUCCGUAAACAUGGAAUACGGUAUGAAUCGCACUACACUUCAUUCGGAGUGUAGGACGUCUGCACCUCGCAAAGCACUAUCCAGACAAGACAACACAAACGACUGGUACUGGGAAGUGGUCAAAACAGAUGAACGAUACAUCCCUCCAUUUUAUCACAGCGUCAAAUAUCAUUCAGGGAUAGAUAUACAAACACCAUUAUGUAGACGAGGAUUGAACCCAUCCGCCACCCCGAACAAACUCGGUGGACGUCCUGGCCGCACUAAAUGCGCAGUAUGCUUGGUGAACUAUGUAGACUCCGCCGUCAAAAUACCCAAAAAUGCCAAACCGAAAGUUACCAUGGACGCACCCAUAAGAGUAACUGUGCUCAAGCUCCCACCCCUGUUCCAAUUGUGGCAAAUGAGAAUACGCAGAUCAUGGUAUUCGGAGUCCACCAGAAAGUCAGCGUCUUCUCUCACCUCAGCUGUCUCUCAGCAGGAAGAAAAUGGGGACAGACCAGGUUAUGACGAAGUCACUUGUUCCACUGAUUCGUUGGUUCGGCCUCCUAACCCGAGCACAGUGCUGCGAUCUGGUCACCGAGGCAAUGAUAAAGUGACAAGUUUGAAAGGAGACCCUGAGACAAAGAGUUCCCUGGGACGGUGGAGACAACUGAAAAUUGAAGACGUCCUCAACAACCUGAAGGAAAUUGCUCGAAGUUGAUUACAAAUCUCACUGAACAGACGGUCAUCAAAUCGUUGGAUGUGUCACCAUUGGCUGUGGUUACUAUAUGUAUUCUUACCGAAGAGAAAUCACCAUCUUUUCUCCCAUUCCCAUCUUCCGGAUGCCCAUCGAAGAGUUGUAAUUACGAAGAUUCUCCCACCACUCGAUUGAUGUAUCAACCACAUCAGCUCAACUCUUGUCCCCCUUGUAUGUACUUAUUUUUCCUUGGCUAUCACGAAUGUACAGUGUCCGAUUCCAAAUAUAUCUGUCAGAUUUC